CGGUCCUCCAGAGAUGUGAGGCAAGUUUCACACUUGAUCUGGUUCGGCCAAAAUUAAAAACACUAAGCGCGCGGAAAAGACGCCGAGGAUAGCGGAAGCACAAACUGUCUGGAUUAUAUCUAUUUCUCCAAACUGAAUCGAACCGGUCCACAAAUGAGCAAACAGCGGAUGAACUUGAUGAGGUGCAGUCAGCUGAUGAAAGAGGAGUGAUCACGUCAUCCUCCUCUUGUAGACUCCAUCUAGGGGCCAGUGAGGCUGAAGAGGUGUCCCUCCAGCCCGCCUCAUUUCUUCACCAUUUCCUCUCCGAGUUGGUCCCCGAGUGUUUCGAAACUGUUUCUCCAACACUUUUUCCAAAAACUCAGACUGUUUUCCAAAGCAGAAGCAGCACAGCCCUCCCAGACUGUGGUGAUGGGAAGUGUGCGAGCCAGCCGCUACAGCAUUGUGUCAUCAGAGGAGGACGGCAUGAAGCUGGCCACUAUGGCAGUGCCCAACGGCUACGGGAACGGCAAGAGCAAGGUGCACACGAGGCACCAGCCGCAGAGCCGGUUUGUAAAGAAAGACGGUCACUGCAACGUGCAGUUCAUCAACGUGAGCGAGAAAGGUCAGCGGUACCUGGCUGACAUCUUCACCACCUGCGUGGACAUCCGCUGGAGGUGGAUGUUCAUCAUCUUCUGCCUCGCCUUUCUCCUGUCGUGGCUGUUCUUCGGCUGCGUCUUCUGGCUGGUGGCCAUCUUCCACGGGGACUUGGAAAAUAACGGCCAGAAGUGCGUCUCCAACGUGGGCAGCUUCACCGCCGCCUUCCUGUUCUCCAUUGAGACUCAAACCACUAUCGGCUACGGCUACAGAUACGUGACAGACGAGUGCCCCGUCGCCGUCUUCAUGGUGGUUUUCCAAAGCAUCGUGGGCUGCAUCAUCGACGCCUUCAUCAUUGGUGCGGUCAUGGCAAAGAUGGCGAAACCUAAGAAGAGGAAUGAGACGUUGAUUUUUAGCCAUAACGCCACAGUGGCCAUGAGGGACAACAAGCUGUGCCUCAUGUGGCGUGUGGGCAACUUGAGGAAGAGCCACCUGGUAGAGGCGCACGUGCGGGCGCAACUUCUGAAAUCCCGGACGACAGCAGAGGGGGAGUACAUCCCCCUCGACCAGAUGGACAUAGACGUGGGCUUCGACAGCGGGGUCGACCGCAUCUUCCUGGUCUCCCCCAUCACCAUCGUCCACGAAAUCAACGACGACAGCCCCUUCUACGACAUGAGCAAACAGGACCUGGAGAACUCGGAGUUUGAAAUCGUGGUCAUCCUGGAGGGCAUGGUCGAGGCAACCGCUAUGACCACGCAGUGCCGCAGCUCCUACGUCGCCGGCGAGAUCCUCUGGGGCCAUCGGUUCGAGCCGGUGCUUUUUGAGGAGAAAAACUACUACAAGGUGGACUAUUCUCGCUUCCAUAAGACAUACGAGGUGCCGAGCACCCCUCUGUGCAGCGCCAGAGACCUCGCAGAGAAAAAAUACAUCCUCUCAAACUCAAACUCCUUCUGCUAUGAAAACGAGAUGGCGCUGGAGAACAAAGAGGACACGGACGAGGGGAACGGGGGCAGCGUUGGGCCCGACGGCACCCAGACAGACAACAUCUCGGAGACCGAACACAGCCAAGCCACGGUGCCGCUGGAGCCCCGGCCUCUGAGACGAGAGUCCGAAAUAUGACUGUUCAGACCUCAGACCUCACGUGAGGGAUGUUUUUUUUUUUUUUUUUUUUAA